AUGAAGAGAUUCCCACUUAAAGCGCUAUCAAAGCGGUUCUCGAGAUAUAAGUCAAAUGGAACUGUUUAUGUCACAACUCCCAUUUUCUAUGUCAAUGCACGCCCUCAUUUGGGUCACCUAUACUCGAUGCUUUUAGGAGACACGCGAGUACGAUGGGAAAACCUCAAGCCGGGUCAAAAGACAAUGUUUCUUACAGGGACAGACGAGCAUGGGCUCAAAAUUCAGGCGGUGGCAGAAAAAGAAGGCAUUGAUCCCAAAGUCUUGGUCGAUCGAGUCUCGCAAAACUUUGUUCAGAUGGCCGAGGCAGUUAAUGUGAAGUACGAUCGUUUUAUCAGAACAACCGACAACGACCACGUGAAAGCUGUGGAACACUUUUGGAAUGCAGCUAUGGAAAAGGGGCUCAUAUACAAAGGUUCCCAUAGUGGCUGGUAUAGUGUAAGCGACGAGGCUUUCUACCCUCCUAGUCAGGUGGAAGAUAUUAUUGACGCGAAAACGGGCCAACCGAAGAAAGUGUCAAUAGAAACAAGGAAUGAAGUGGUGUUCCAAGAAGAAGAGAACUACUUUUUCAGAUUGUCUGCCUUCAAGGAUAAGCUUAUUGAUUUCUUGGAGAAGAACCCUUCGUUUGUCCAGCCGAGCAGAAAAUAUCAUGAGCUAUUGACCGAAUUGAGACAAGAGGAACUUUCAGACCUUUCCGUAUCACGCCCAUCUUGGAGAUUGAAAUGGGGAAUCACUGUGCCCAAUGACGACUCUCAGAAAAUCUAUGUAUGGUUUGACGCGCUUAUCAACUACCUUACUGCUGCUGGCUAUCCUCAGCAAGAUAUGCCUAUCUGGCCUCCAAUCCAUAUUGUCGGGAAAGACAUCAUGAGGUUUCAUUGCAUUUAUUGGCCAAUCUUUCUCAUGGCAGCCGGAAUCGAAUUACCUAAGCAGGUGAUUGUUCACUCCCAUUGGUUAUGUGACGGUUUUAAAAUGAGCAAAAGCCUAGGGAAUGUUGUGGAGCCCAUAGAAUUGGCGCAGUACUACGAUCCAGAGCCAUUGAGGAUCUAUUUGAUGGAGCAAUCGAAUUUAGGAACAGAUUGCAAUUUUAGUGAAGCUGCUUUGCACAACCACAGAAGCAAGCUCAUAAAUAAAUGGGCAAACAUUGUGUCUAGAAUUGGAGGAGAUAAAUUUGAUGUGGAACAAAGUGUUCAAGACUUCUUUGACGGGAAAUAUAGCGAUAUUACAGAGAUGAUUAAACGUGACGCUGUUGUCGAGGCACCUGACCAAGUUUUACUUGCCAGGGACUCCCUUGUAUCCAGUAUCUCAUCUUUAUUUUCUGAAAUGGAUUCAAGCAUGCAAGAGUUUGGACAAAUGAAGGCACUCCAUCGGUGGUGGGAAACGGUGGAGUUAGCGAACGUAUUUUUCCAAACUGCUCAACCGUGGGUUUAUCUGAAGAAACUUACACAGACGCAAGAUGCUGAUGCUGAUGCAGUUGCAGAGCAGACGACACUUAUGAACUACAUUAUCUUCUUAACGGCAGAGGCUGUACGACUCAGUACAAUCUGCGUACUUCCUUUCAUGCCCAAAACUGCCUCAGGACUUCUUGAUCGCUUGGGGGUUCCAGAUGAAACCCGGAAUAAAGAUUUCGCAAAAUUAGGCACAGUAAAGUACGGGAAAAAUGCCAAUAGCAAACAUCAUAAGCCAUUGAUGAGAAAAGUGGAAAGCAGAGUGUAA